CUGGGCGCGAUGGAGCAGCUGGAAGAGGAGCUCACGUGUCCAGUGUGCUGCGGUCUGUUCGAGGACCCGCGCGUGCUGCUGUGCUCCCACAGCUUCUGCAAGAAAUGCCUGGAGGGACUGAUGGAGGGGCACCGCGGUCCGGCUUCCAGGGCGCCCCUGAAGUGCCCCACGUGCCGCAAAGAGAGCCCGCACAACGGCGCCGGCAGCCUGCAGAUCAACUACUCCCUGCGCGGGAUCGUGGAGAAGUUCAGCAAGAUCAAAGUCCUGCCCAAGACGUCGGUGUGCGCGCGGCACCGCGAGCAGCCGCUCAACAUCUUCUGCGCCACCGACCUGAAGCUCAUCUGCGGCUUCUGCGCCACCACCGGGGAGCACCGGGGCCACGCGUUCAGCUCCCUGGAGGACGCGUACGAGCGGGAGAAGGCGGCGUUCGGGGAGCUGCUGCGCGGCGUGGAGGGCUGGCGGAGUGCGGACGCGCUGUCCAGCCUGGAGACGCUGCAGGCCGCCAAGAAGAGCGCGCUGCAGGCGGUGGGCCGGGACGCGGAGAAGGUGGCGGACUACUUCGACAGGCUGGUGGCCGCGCUGGAGGGCAAGAGGAGCGAGAUCUCGUCCGACUUCGAGACGCUGCGGCUGGUGGUGAUGCAGGCGUACGACCCGGAGAUCACGCGGCUGAGCGCGGCCCUGGAGGAGCAGAAGCGCGCGCUCAGCCUCGCGGAGUCCGUCCGGGGCGUGUCGGACCCCCUGUGCUUCCUGCAGCGGAUGCAGGAGUUCCGCGAGAGGCUGCAGGUGCUGAAAGAGACCCCGCCGUCCUCCGGGAGAGAAGCGCGCGCAUGCGCGUUCGUCUGCGACUUCGACGUCCAGCAGUGGGACUCCCUGCGGCUCUGCGAGGUGGACAAGAUCUCCGUCCCCCACGAGAGCGGGUCCUACCGGACCGGCGGCCCGCGGCCGGCCGCUCCAAAGCGGCUCGCGCGGUGGCUGGUUCCCUUCCUGCUCCUCGCGCUUUUCCUACUGCUGCUGCUGUCCACCAACUUUGUAUCCGACCUGGCCUCCAUGAUUGAAGCGUUCCAUGAGGCCGAUCCUUCACGCUUUCGGAAGUUGACCGACGCGUGCUUGAGGCUGAUUGAGUGGCCAGAAGCUGGUGGAGUGGCUCAGUGACUCCACUGUCCACUUCACUGGCCCUUUAAAGUGAUUCCAAGUAGGGUUUUUUUGCCCCCCCCCCCCUCCCAGCGACGUGAUAAUUCCCAAGGGACCCCCUUGAGUUAUAGUGGAUGUAAGGAAACGUGUUUACAGCGUCUUUUAUGUGUGUUUUUAAGUUUUGUUGAUUUUGAUUUAAUUUGCCUUUUUUUGUCGUUGCUCAAAGUGAAACCUCACGUAUACAAUCGAACAAAAAAUCAACCCCUAAAUCCUCAGAGGUGCGUAUAGAUUUACAAAAAAGCUGACGCUAAAACAAAUCACCUCAAACGAAAGUGCACACUAUUUCAUUUCUUUUUUUCUUCUUCUUUUUUUAAUACUCCGACCACUACACUUCUUUUUCUACUUGUCAAAAAAGUUGACCUCGACAAAUAAACCUGAGAAAAAUGGG